UUGUCGUUAGCUGCUUCGACGACCGCAUCUUUCUCUCACAGGGACAGGAGCUGAGUUGAGUCUUUCAUUCAGCUAAAGACCGGAGAGAACCAGCACACUUGGACUUUUACUUAUUUCUCUUUAUUUUGUACUGUAAAGAGUCGGGGGAAAAAAACAAGCUCGGUCACCGCUAACACCACCGGUGCGUCUCCUUGAGCAGGCUCUGCAGCCUGGCUGCUCUGCCUAACACUGAAACUCCUGCCCGCACCGUCCGUCCCAACUCAUACUCUUUACCACUGUAUUAAUCCUGAACAACAGGUGCUUUUUCAGGUGCGGACCCUGAAAAUGAGCGUCCUUGGAAGGAGUUUGCACGGACUGUUGUGACUGCGGAGAUUUCCGAGCAAACAUGAGGAGGGUAUCCAAGCCGAGCACAAUGGCCUGCUCAGUGUGGAGUCUCUCAAGCCCCUGGUGCCUGAUGUUUGCUUUGGCCGCUAUACAGUGCACCGAAGGCUUCAGUCGGGCAGCACUGCCGUUCGGUUUGGUCAGGCGGGAGCUGUCGUGUGAGGGUUAUUCUAUUGACCUGCGCUGUCCAGGAAGUGAUGUCAUCAUGAUUGAGAGCGCCAAUUAUGGGCGCACGGACGACAAGAUUUGUGACGCCGACCCGUUCCAGAUGGAAAAUAUCAACUGCUACCUCCCUGAUGCUUUCAAGAUCAUGUCCCAACGGUGCAACAACCGAACGCAGUGUAUUGUCAUUACAGGAACGGACGUCUUUCCCGACCCUUGUCCAGGAACUUACAAGUACCUUGAGGUCCAGUAUGAGUGUGUCCCUUAUAUUUUUGUUUGUCCUGGAACUCUGAAAGCCGUCGGAGAUCCUUCGUUUCUCUUUGAGGCGGAGCAGCAAGCCGGUGCCUGGUGCAAAGACCCACUUCAGGCCGGCGACAAAGUCUAUUUUAUGCCCUGGACUCCGUACAGAACUGACACGUUGAUCGAGUACCCUACACUCGACGACUUUCAGAACUCCCGCCAGACCACGACGUAUAAACUGCCCCACCGGGUGGACGGCACCGGUUUCGUGGUGUACGACGGGGCCGUGUUCUUUAACAAGGAGAGAACACGGAACAUCGUAAAGUUCGACCUGCGGACGCGCAUCAAGAGCGGCGAGGCCAUCAUCAACAACGCCAACUAUCACGAUACGUCGCCGUACAAGUGGGGCGGCAAGACGGACAUCGACCUGGCUGUGGAUGAGAACGGCCUGUGGGUGAUUUACGGCACCGAGCAGAACAACGGCAUGAUGGUGCUGAGCCAGCUGAACCCUUACACGUUGCGCUUCGAGGCGACGUGGGAAACCACGUACGACAAGCGCUCAGCCUCCAAUGCCUUCAUGAUCUGCGGCGUGCUUUAUGUGCUCCGAUCCACCUACGAGGACAACGAGAGCGAAGUGAGCAAGGGCGUCAUCGACUACACAUACAACACCAGGCUCAGCCGCGGUGAGUAUGUGGACAUCCACUUCCCCAACCAGUAUCAGUACAUCGCUGCCGUGGAGUACAACCCCAGGGACAACCAGCUCUAUGUGUGGAAUAACUUUUACGUCCUCCGCUACAACCUGGCCUUCGGACCUCCCGACCCGGCUCACGCACCGCCUAUCUCAGAUAGCGCCGUCGUAGUUCCAGUGCCAUCCCGAACGACAACCGCUACGAUGACGACGACGACGGCGCAGCACCGAGGCCUGACGACGACCAUAAACACGACAGGAACCAGGAUCGGCAACAAGCCCCCCAAACCCCCGGCGGCACCAUCCCGAACCACCACGCCUCCGUCGCUGGAAUCUUUACCUCUGCCCAAGCGCUUCUGUGAGAGCGUGGAGCGCAGGGACAUCGUAUGGCCUCAGACCCAGAGGGGCAUGCUUGUGGAGCGGCCAUGCCCCAAAGGGACCAGGGGCACUGCCUCCUACCUGUGUGUCCUCUCCACCGGGGCCUGGCACCCAAAAGGCCCCGAUCUAAGCAACUGCACCUCCCACUGGGUCAAUCAAGUGGCCCAGAAGAUCCGGAGCGGGGAGAACGCGGCUAACCUGGCCAACGAGCUCGCCAAGCACACUAAAGGGCCCAUCUUCCCCGGUGACAUCAGCUCAACCAUGAGGCUCAUGGAACAGCUGGUGGACAUCCUCGACGCGCAACUGCAGGAGCUCAGGCCCAGCGAAAAGGAUUCAACCGGGCGGAGCUUUAACAAGGCGAUUGUGGAUACGGUCGACAAUCUUCUCCGGCCGGAGGCACUGAAGUCCUGGAGAGGCAUGAACACCACAGAGCAGACGCACGCCGCCACCAUGUUACUGGACACUCUCGAGGAAGGAGCCUUCGUCCUUGCUGACAAUCUAAUGGAACCGGCGAUAGUGAAAGUGCCAGCUAGCAAUAUAAUUCUUGACGUCUAUGUGCUGAGCACAGACGGCCAGGUGCAGGACUUCAAGUUUCCACAGAGCAGCAAGGACGGCGUAUCCAUCCAGCUGUCUGCCAACACCGUAAAGCUGAACAGUCGGAACGGUGUUGCCAAGCUGGUUUUCGCUCUAUACAAAAACCUGGGCCAGUUUCUAAGCACGGAAAAUGCAACGAUCAAACUGGCCAGCGAGGCGAACGGCCACAACCUCUCCGUGGCUGUGAACUCUGAUGUCAUCGCUGCCUCAAUCAACAAGGAGUCCAGUCGUGUUUAUAUAACGGAGCCUGUUAUUUUUACCCUGGAACACAUCGAUAUGCAACAUUACUACAACUCAAACUGCUCUUUUUGGAAUUACUCUGAGAGAAGCAUGAUGGGAUACUGGUCUACACAAGGCUGCAAGCUCGUUUCAUCCAACAAAACACACACAACCUGCUCGUGCAGCCAUCUAACCAAUUUUGCAAUACUUAUGGCUCAUCAGGAAGUAUUGGGUCCAGGCGGCGUGCACAAGCUGCUCCUGACGGUCAUCACCCGCGUGGGCAUCGUGGUGUCUCUGGUCUGCCUGGCCAUGUGCAUUUUCACGUUCUGCUUCUUCCGCGGCCUGCAAAGUGACAGGAACACCAUCCAUAAGAACCUCUGCAUCAACCUCUUCAUCGCUGAACUCAUCUUCCUAAUUGGCAUCGAUAUGACAGAAUCCAGGAUCGGUUGUGCCAUCAUUGCCGGGAUCCUGCAUUACUUCUUCCUGUCCUCUUUUGCCUGGAUGUGUUUGGAGGGAGUCCAGCUCUACCUUAUGCUAGUAGAAGUCUUUGAAAGUGACUAUUCAAGAAAGAUUUAUUACUACAUUUCGGGCUACCUGCUUCCCGCCAUCGUCGUGGGUGUUUCCGCAGCUGUGGACUACGAGAGUUACGGAACGAAGAACGCGUGCUGGCUGAGAGUGGAUAACCACUUCAUUUGGAGUUUUAUUGGACCCGUUACCUUUAUCAUCAUGCUUAAUCUCAUCUUCCUGGUCAUCACAAUGUACAAAAUGGUGAAGCACUCUACUUCAUUGAAACCAGACUCCAGCAGGUUGGAAAACAUCAAGUCCUGGGUUCUGGGAGCGUUUGCCCUGCUCUGUCUUUUAGGCCUCACCUGGACCUUUGGUUUGUUUUUCAUCAACGAGUCCUCAAUUGUGUUGGCCUACCUUUUCACCAUUUUCAACACAUUCCAGGGCACUUUUAUUUUUCUCUUCCACUGCCUGCUUCAGAAGAAAGUUCGGCGAGAGUACAGCAAAUGCUUCCGCCACACAUACUGCUGCAGCAGCCUGCCAACCGAGAGCUCCCACAGUUCCACAAAGACAGCGACAACAAGGACAAGCGCUCGCUACUCCUCUGGCACUCAGAGUCGAAUCAGGAGGAUGUGGAACGAUACAGUACGAAAGCAAUCCGAAUCCUCCUUUAUCUCAGGGGACAUCAACAGCACAUCAACACUCAACCAAGGACACUCGAUGAACAAUGCCAGGGAAACAAGUGCAAUGGAUACUCUGCCGCUAAAUGGUAACUUCAGCAACAGCUACUCGCUUCGCAACGGGGAAUACGGCAACGGCGUCCUGGGCCUAGACGACGCCGCCUUCGAGAAGAUGAUCAUCUCGGACCUGGUGCACAGCAACCUCAGAGCAUGCACCAAACACCAGCGUCCCGAGCCUCACAUCUCCACCAGAAAAGCGACCGGGCCCGUAAGCGGCAACAGAGACGACGCCCGCGUCCCCGAAACCUCGUCGCUGGUGCCCGUGGACAGCGAGAGCAGCCAUUUAAUGGUGGGGAGUCUCAGCUUGCACCAUCAGCACCACCACCAGCACCACUUCGACGCCCCUCUCAUCCCCCAGCGGACUCACUCGCUCCUGUAUUACACGCAGGAGAGAGCGAGAACCGUGCCCAUCGCUACCCAGCCCAGCCUGCCGUCGCCCAACACGGACUCCCUGUACGCAAGCGUCAUGAACCUGAGGGACUCGCCCUCGUCUGAAAGCGGCCUCCAGACCGAGCAGCUGUCGCCCUCCAAACACAGCACGGACGAGGACACGUACUACAAGAGCAUGCCCGAUUUAGGGGCCGGCCAGCAAGUGCACACCUACUAUCAGAUAAGCAGGGGGAGCAGUGACGGUUACAUAAUCCCGAUACCCCAACCCCCGAAAGAGGCCGACGUGCCAGAGGGAGACGUACGGGAAGGACAGAUGCAACUGAUCACGAGUCUUUAAUACGUUCAAGCUUUUUUUUUCUUGGUUUGGUUUGUUUGUUUUUUGUAGAACGAUCAGCAUCGUUUACCACGACGACACCAAGUACCGGGGAAACGUUCCGGAUCACGCGUCCUCUUUCUACCCGGGUUCAUUUCUUCACUGUUUCGCUGUGCUGACAUCCCCAAAGAUAAGCAGGCCAGAACGUGACUGUUCGUUCCAACGAUCGCCGAGCUGACUGUACAAACCAAUCAAUCAAUCAGAUCCAGGGCAAGCAGUCUUCUUCCGGACGUUCCGCCGCUGUCGGACGGCUCACAACGAUAAAACGUUUUCACAUUUAAAAAAAAAUUACAAAAUAAAAAGAUAAAAAGAACAGAAAAAUAUACCAAAUAAUAGUAUUUCCUGUUUUAGCUCAUACAAGGUUUGGGAGAGGUUGUACAUAGGUUCAUGUAUUUCAAAUCCAGUUUUGUAUUAUAUACAAAAAUGGAGUCUCCAGCACCUAGAUGGAGCUGUGUAGUAGGAUUUUUAUGGAGAUAUCGUUUACGGGACAGUUUGUUUUAGGAUUCCAGUAGUACGGAUUAAAGGCCCAACUUCACGGUGAAAAUCUGAGUGUCCUGUAUGACCACUAGCAAUCAAACCCCAGGCCUUAUCUUUUCUCAGUUGUACAGUAAAUCCAUCAAGGAUAAAGGCAUAAAAAUGAUAUAUUUUGUAUUUCCGGUGCAUUGUAAUAAAACAAAAAAAAAAAACAACGCAACCAUAUGUUUAAGAAUGGUACAUUUUGUGGUACGUUAAGACUUUAAUUAAGACAUUUGCUGGGAAAUUUGCUGCACAUGUGCUGCACAGAAUAUUGUUUAUUCUUAUUCUUACACUUUCUUUGUCAUAGCGCGUAAAAAAAAGGAUUAAAACGAAACGAGUGAACACAAAGGUCGCUGAUCUCAAAACAAGUCCGUUCGUUCGGGAGAAUGAAUCUGCCGCACCAAAGCAUCGAGCUUUAGGAUGGAAUGACAAUUUCGUCCGCUUCGUUUAGGCAUGAAAGGUCGCUCGAGGCCGCAGCCAAAAAUCGUAGACGCAUCUCUUCCAAAUACAUUCGGUUAUUUAUUUAUUAAAUUAUUCUCAGUGACACUUUGGAACUUGUUUUGUGAAUACAUUACAGCACUGGUUCAUCUUUUGUUUUGGAUUAGCAUAAAACAUAAAACAAUGUAAAGUUCAACACUUGUUUAACAAUAAAUAAAUGUGAA